UCACUUCACAUCCUACUCUGAGAUGAUUCAGUUCUUCUGAAUGUGGGAUGUGGCAUACAGGGCAUACAGUCAUGAGUCAUAAGAACUGUCCACUAUAAAUUUUCCCUACCCUUCAUGUGAACUGCAGAAACCUUGGAGACAACCAGAAGAGCAGCAUUCUUCCCUGAACAAAAUAAGGUUCAGAACAAUGGAAGCUUUGAAUAAAGCAAACACAAGCUUUGCUCUCGAAUUCUUCAAACAUGAGUGUCAAGAAGAUGGUAACAAGAAUAUUUUGUUCUCCCCUUUGAGUAUUUCAUCAGCCCUCGCUACUGUUUAUUUGGGAGCCAAAGGUAACACAGCAGAUCAGAUGGCAAAGGUACUUCACUUUAACAAAGUUGAAGGAGCCAAGAAUGUCACCACAACCAUAAAAAUGCAAGUCUUUUCCAGAACAGAAGAGCGUCUAGCAAACCGAUGCACUUGUUUUCAGAAGACAGAAAUUGGCAAAUCGGAUAAUAUCCAUACUGGGUUUAAAGCACUCAACUUUGAAAUCAACCAACGCACUAAAAAUUAUCUCCUUAAAAGCGUGAACCAGCUAUAUGGAGAAAAAUCAUUGCCUUUCAGUAAAGAAUAUUUACAGUUAGCCAAGAAAUACUACAAUGCAGAGCCACAAUCAAUUGACUUUGUGGGAGCAGCAGAUGAAAUCAGAAGAGAGAUCAAUUCCAAAGUCGAACACCAGACUGAAGGUAAAAUUCAAAAUCUGCUGCCUCCUGGAUCCGUAGAUUCACUCACCAGGCUAGUCCUGAUAAAUGUACUCUACUUCAAAGGAAACUGGGCAACAAAGUUCGAAGCUGAAGCCACCAGGCAAAGGCCUUUCAAAAUAAACAUGCAUACAACUAAACCAGUGCCCAUGAUGUACCUGAGUGAUAAGUUUAACUGCACCUACAUAGAAUCAGUCCAGACUGAUAUUCUUGAGCUUCCGUACGUCAACAAUGACCUCAGCAUGUUUAUCCUUCUACCAAGUGGCAUCACCGGCCUACAAAAGCUAGAAAGAGAAUUGACUUUUGAAAACUUGUCUGCAUGGACCAGCCCUGAACUGAUGGAGAAAAUGAAAAUGGAAGUUUAUUUGCCCAGGUUCACGUUAGAGGAGAAAUAUGACCUCAAAUCGACUUUGAGCAGGAUGGGGCUACAAGACGCCUUCAUUGAAGGUCAAGCUGAUUUUACAGGAAUGUCAGAAAAUGGUGAUCUGUUUUUGUCACAAGUUUUUCACAAGUGUUAUCUGGAAGUCAAUGAAGAAGGCACAGAGGCAGCAGCUGCCAGUUCAGCAACACUGGCAUCACGAAGUCUUGGUGCUACUGUUAUUUUUGUGGCAGAUCACCCUUUCCUCUUCUUUAUUAGGCACAACAAGACCAAAAGUAUCCUCUUCCUGGGAAGAUUCUCUUCCCCAUAAACUCAACACUUGUUAAACAGACUCUUGAAACAACAAUGAACAAACUGCACACCAUGAAGAGCAUCUCCUUAGUCCGUGAACUUCUUAAUUUUCCUGUACUGUUGACAAAUCUCUCAAUGUUAGAAGAGAGCACAUACAGAAAACAAUCUGGAAUUCACACCUCUUGCUCAUUUUCCUAGCCAAAGAACCCCAAAAUACUAGCACUACACUAUAAUCACCAAACUCUGCACAGAACAGUGCACUUUCUGAACCAGAGCUGCCACAAUGCAGAACACACCAAGUUCUGAUCUAAACCAGUAAUUCCAAACAAACUUGCUUUGGUUCAUAAGAAGAAAAGAACCAGGAAAAACUCAUUUCUGCAAAAGGCUGUUGAAUCUCCACUAGUUUCAGCUCACUGAGCUGGUCAUCCCUUGACAGCUAC